CAGCUUGUUUUGCUCGCCAUUUUGGUUCGUCUCUUCGUUCUCGAUAAAAAUAUCCGUUUCAAUCAGAGGUUUGGCAGAUUCAUCGUCGUAUGAGACACGUUUAAUAUAGUUUACAAAAAUUGUAGAUAUGGCAACUACGAACGAAAAGUUGUCAACUUUAGAUAGGCUUGUGAAAAGUACUCCGUUUCCGCCAAAUCGUAGGCUUUCAAACAGUGAUGUUUUUGAUGCGAAAGGAAAACCACGUAUGGACGUGAUAAAGAAUCAUUUCAUCUUAGAAGGUCGACUAGAAGAAUCGGUAGCACUUAGGUUGAUAAAUGAAGGAGCAGCCACAUUGCGGUCAGAGAAGACAAUGGUCGAUGUUGAAGCACCCAUAACAGUAUGUGGCGAUAUCCACGGACAAUUCUAUGAUCUAAUGAAGCUAUUCGAAGUUGGCGGACCUCCAGCAAGUACGCGCUAUCUGUUCUUGGGAGACUAUGUAGACAGAGGUUACUUCAGUAUAGAGUGUGUGCUGUACCUGUGGGCACUGAAGCUUCUCUAUCCAACAACACUGUUCCUGCUGCGGGGCAAUCACGAGUGUAGACACCUCACGGAGUACUUCACAUUCAAGACGGAAUGUAAGAUGAAGUAUUCAGAGCGUGUUUACGACGCCUGCAUGGAUGCAUUUGACUGCUUGCCCCUGGCUGCCCUCAUGAACCAGCAGUUCCUGUGUGUGCAUGGUGGCCUGUCCCCCGAAGUACACACUCUCGAUGACAUCAGAAAGCUGGACCGAUUUAAAGAGCCUCCUGCAUUUGGCCCAAUGUGUGAUCUGCUGUGGUCAGACCCUUUGGAAGAUUUUGGCAGUGAGAAGAAUUCAGAACAUUUCAGUCACAAUAGCGUAAGAGGGUGCUCAUACUUCUACAGCUAUGCAGCAUGUUGUGAUUUCCUAGCACAGAAUAACCUCCUGUCAAUAAUUCGAGCUCACGAAGCCCAAGAUGCCGGGUAUCGCAUGUAUCGCAAGAGCCAAGCAACAGGAUUCCCAUCGCUUAUUACAAUAUUCUCUGCACCUAAUUACCUUGAUGUUUACAACAACAAAGCUGCCAUAUUGAAGUAUGAAAACAACGUGAUGAACAUCAGACAGUUCAACUGUUCGCCACAUCCGUAUUGGUUGCCCAAUUUCAUGGAUGUUUUUACAUGGUCUUUGCCUUUCGUAGGCGAGAAAGUGACAGAGAUGCUGGUGAACGUGCUGAACAUUUGCUCGGACGAUGAGCUCAUGUCUGAAGGCGAUGACACAUUCGAAGGUGAAACACUGACCUGUCGCAAGGAUGUAAUCCGCAACAAAAUUCGAGCGAUCGGCCGCAUGGCACGUAUAUACAAUGUGCUGAGAGAGGAGAGUGAAAGUGUGCUACAACUCAAGGGCCUUACACCUUCAGGGGCUCUCCCCAUGGGUGCUCUCUCUGGGGGAAGGCAAAGCCUGGAAGGAGCCAUUUCGGGCUUCAACCCUCACCACAAGAUAAGUGGCUUCUACGAGGCGAAGGGUCUGGACAAGGUGAACGAGCGAAUGCCUCCGCGUAAGGACAUGCCGCCGCCACCGACCGUCGACGGCAACAUCAAGAACUCGAUCACACCGAGCACGUAACAUUGCGAGCCCAGCAACCGGACACACACACACGAAGCACACAGACCAUCUGUCAACGGGAGCGUCAGUCGAAGAACAGCACCACAACAAUGUACAUACUAGUUUAAAGCCAAAUACCGGGUUUUGGUCCCUGUGAGGGCAGCAACCGCACACCCAAUGCCAGCAUUGCCUCCAGUUGAGCAUUGACACCCUGUGUAUAAACUGCGUGUCGAGCAGGAUGCAUGGGCACUGGGUUGGCAUCUGCUGCUCGGUUUCUGCCACCACCAAUAUCCUUGCCACCGUGUUUCUGUACGCAGUUGAAGCUGGCGUGCGAAUGCUGAUGUGCGUGCGUGUGUGGAAUGUGUGCAGGGAGUAGGAUUUCCUCCUGGAAAUGCUGUCGACCACUGCAUGUUUCUGAAUGGAUCUUUAGUGUGAGAGGCACUGUGAGCCCUUCAUAGGUCUAUCAGUUAAGUGCUGUUGUGGUGAAAUUAUUUCCCGUGUCUGUCUGCUGUCCAGUUGUAACUUUAUCGCUUUCUACCACGUUAUCCUUCCCUAUGCAUAAAUCCUCGAGAUGUGUUCACCGCUUCACUCUAAUUUUACAUGGCGGUAACCCAGCUCAUAGGUGGUGGCACUGCAACCAACAACCAGUGUCCAAGCAGCUUGUGUGAGAGCUGCGAGGCAGUGGUCCUGCCUCCCCUCCCCCUCCCCUCUUCCCAACGUGCCUCCCCGUGUGUUGGUAUAUAUUUAUUUCUACACGGUCGUAAUCGCUGUGCAGGUACAAGAUGUGGGUUUGCAGUGGGAGUCGAGGCCAACGUUGCAACAAUUCUAGUCGGUUGACUCAUAGAUCUGUGCAUAUAAUGACUCAUUUACGACGAUUAGCAAUGACACAAACAACGAGGCACUAAUCGUGAGGGUGAUGGCAAGACGGACUCACGUAACCAUAAUCUAAAUCUUGACAUUAAUGGCUCAGAGUGGGAGAAAAUUAUUUGAGCUGUGCAGCUUUGCAAAUUUCAAAUGCUACAAAGAAAUAUAUUCCUCGGCGCGCGCUUUUGUGCUACUUCAAAUUAUUGCACAUAGAGUCAUGGAUGUAGAUGGGCAAGUAUCAAUCACGUCGAUUGUCGGCGAUAUUUCUUGUGCGUAAGAACGAGUCAAUCGUGAGUUGGGUAGUUAUUUGAAGUUUCUCCUAUGGUGGUGCUGACUAUAUUGGUAGUCUUACCACCACGCAGCUCGCGUUGUCGAUGUUGCCUGAGCAGCGGGCAGCAGAGCCGUGCCUUCAGGAACGUUGCUGUGGAACGUUGUUAUGAGUCUGCAUGCACGAUUGCAAUUGCUGUGCACAAGUCUGAUCACAAGGUGGAGGUAGCUGAAAAGUUAGUGACGUGAACGUACUGACAGAAAAGUACGUCCAUCAUGAGCCUUGGUCUCUAAUAAUGACUGGCCUUCUAACUUUUCAGCUGUUCCCACCUGGUGGCACCAGUUGAUAUAUUGUUGUUUGCUGACAUGUUGUUUAUAUUGCACCAAAAGUCUUCAGUCAUUUAUUUAUUAAAGAACUUGUUGAAAGUAACCAUUUUCGAUUUAUUAAAAAAUGUGUUUUUAUUAUAUAUGGUUAUAUGAGCGAAAGCUACAGGGUUGUUGCUUAUAAUUAUGGUGUGGACCUGCUAACAUUCCAAGGCGCUAGGUCAAGACAAAUAUUAUCAUGAAGCAUUAUGAUGAGCAUUAUUAUGAUGUUUGGAGCACACUAGAUUAGUAUCGUGUCGUAGUUUUAGGGUUUCUAAACCGAAGUAGUAUCACCAUGCAGUGUAGCUGGGAUGAUUACAAGGAAUGUUGGCUGGUCUGCCGUUUGCGUGUUGUCCCUGAGUGGGUGCGAUUGAUAGCUGUAAACCCCCUUGGAUUGCACACCACAUAGUGCGCCUGUGGGUUUCUGCUUUUAUAUAUUCAUGAUUCAUGAGAUAUGCAUACAUGUGUAUAUGAGCAGGAAUGAAAAUAGACGACGCUUUUCUCUAUAUCAAUUCCUCUUGGCUAUAUAUCAUUCAGUGAGAGAGAUAGAUUUUGUAUUUAAGUGUUUUUUUCGUCGAAUAUAUUUACUUGUAUUACUUGAAUUUGAAUUGUAUUACUGCAGAGUUCGCGCCAUAUAUACAGUUAAAAACGAAUGGGCAUUGUUAAAAGACGCUGAGUGCUAACUAAAAGAAACAACAGGUGCUGUGUAAGAGGUAUCGGUCAGUAGAAAUUUAUGGCAUCUCCCUCUGUGUUGGGGACAGCUGCAAAUAUUAUUUUGCCAGUUGGCAGCGUGGAGCAUGGGACAGUGCCCAGAGCGACCACAUGAACAUGGUACGGAAAGUUGUGUGCCACUUCUGUACCAUUUAAUGGAUUGUUAUCGAUAUAGUAAUAUAUAUAUAUAUAUACAUAUAUAUAUAUAUAUAUAUAUAUAUCAAUAUGUAUACAUAUUUAACUGUGUUUUACACAGGUUUUAUGUAUUUAUUUCUAUAUGGCAGAGCUCCAUCGGUUGCUUCCAGUGAAGUGUUUUGAAUGCAGUGCUGUUUUCUGUAUGCUAGUAAUAAUUCAGUAAUUAUAGCCAGAUGUUCUGACACAUCAUUCUGCUGCAGGCCUGAAGUCCGUGAAUCUCAAAUGUGAAAGUUUGAUAUACCGCUUAAACAUCACAGUUGUGAAAUAAUAAUUUCUCUCGUCUCGCCAUUACGUAUUAUUUUCAGUGUAAAGUUGCCAAUAUGGAGGUGAUAGGCUCCUGCUUAAGCUCACCACGACUUGCUGUCUGAGGCACGGUUAUCAGAGUGGCCUCGACAGCAAAUUUAGCAUAAACUAGUUUCUGCGCAUGCACUCGUUUUUAUAUCCCUGGAAACAUGUUUUCUGUUCAUAUAAAACAUUGUUUAAUAAUAUAACCUUUCUCAUUAACCAUAAACAGCUAUAACAGCAUUAGACCGAUUCAUGUUAGAAUUUCCCAGUUUGCAUGACCGGAUCAGUCUAGGUAAGACCGAAAUUCAUUCUAUAUACUAUUCUAUGGUGUCAGUAGAAAAGGUUUUUUUUAUUUAAGGUUUAGGCAGUUUGACUGGAACAACAAGUUUUUGCCAUACUGUUGAUGCUGUUUCUUGAAAUUUUAUUAACUAUUAAUUAUUUAGAGCAGCUUAUCUAUUGGAAUGUCGAAAUGUUAGCUGUGGAAUGUAAUUCCCCCUUAAAUCAUAUAAAGUAACCGUUCAAAGUUGGGCUGCAUAGGAAUCUGUAUUUAUAAGUUAUGUCGUAACAGCCAGUAUGUAUUUUUUGUGACAUGAGCGUCACAAUACUUGUCUCCCGUUUUGAGUCUGUCGUCUGUCAACCAAAAUAUGAUAACCCUCCAUCGAAGCUAUACAGCUGCUCGGCUACAGUUUUUUAAAGUUCAUAUUGUGAGUAAUGUUUAAAUGUAUUUAUGGAAGUCGGACACUGGAGGCGUUCCUCGUUAGACAGGUGUGAUCGUGAUUGGUUCGCACCGUUGCCGCACUCGGGACGCGCCCAUACAUGUAGUUUCCGCCUGCACAUUGCACUCCCGUCUUCAGUCUCCUGGCAACCAUUUGUAUUUACCAUACUCGUUCAUCAGGUAAUUUCUGUAUUAUGCAAAAAAGCAAGUAUAUAUAUAAAUAUAUAUAUGUAUAUGUCAGUCGUUGGAGACGAUUUCUGUCCGUGUCUGUGAUGGUGUGGGAGGCAGACCGGACAUGUGUACUGUUUUCCUUGGUUUCCCUACCGUGUUUAAUAUUGAAUUUACAUCUGAGGUAUCUUCCUUGGCUUGUUUGUAAUUCUUUUUCGAUGCAGUUGAGUAGAAUAUUUUUUCAUGUCUCUUAUGCUGACAGCUAGUCAUAGAGGCAUUGGCAUGUUUGUGCAGCUAUUUCUGCUUCCUGCCAAAUAAUUUAUUGAAUUUCCCGUCUGCUGUUGAAUCCAAUCCGUGUUUGAUGUGACUUGCGAAUUUCCUUGAUAUGUUGUUAUGAACAUGUAACCUAUGUGGGUGAAACCAUUUGCUGAGACCCUCCUGCUAUACAAUCAUCAAGAGACUUUCUGUCCCGAUUAGCACUAUGGUCUUGUACGCAUUCGGACCCGGGUUGUGUGCAGUGCUAGGGAGAGCAUCGGAGGCUUGUGUUUGUCUCUACUUGAGCUAGCCAUAACUUCCUAAAUUGCAUCCAGCGCAUGACCAGUCUGUGACAGAAGCAUCUUGUGGUAAAUGACACGUCGUGAGUUAAGCACAGAUGCUUAGCUCUACUUAUGUAUCGGCUCGCUCUGCAUAUUUGUGGUGUAUUCCUGCAACAUGUUACGGAGCGACGUGUUACGUUGGUUAGAGCUAGCAGGUGCGCAGCUUCCGUGUCUGCCCGGUGUUAUGCACUUAUAAUGCUUAUUCCGAAUGAGAGAAGUUAAUCAGCUGCAGUUCUGCUUUUGUGGAGUUUUACCAGCAAGUCUGUAGCAAGGCCUCACAUGUUCCCUCCAAUGCUUGUAUCACUGCACACUAGUCAUGUAAGGUCUUGUCAGUGACAUACAUGUAACUGUAAGCCACUUUCUUUUCUUCCUACCCCUCCCCCAACAACUUGCUUUUUCCAAGCUGUUAUAAUAUUCAGAUGCAAUUUUGGAGGCUAGGAAGUUGAGCAUUUUUGUGUGUUCCCUGCUGCCAAGAAAUUAGCAAAGAAAUAGAUGGUACAACACUUUUUACAUAAGAUUCUUGUGAACGUGUUCAUUACAUAAUUAUUCACUUCUUUGAUGUUGUAGUAUCUUGUACUUUUAUUAUUACUUCAAGCAAAAAAUAUGAUAUUAUGACAUUACCACGAGUUAAUAAUGACAAAUUGUCAAUUGACAAUUGACAAUAUUGACAAAUUUGUCAUUAUUAACUCCUGAUAUUACUAAACCAGCUACUAGGGUUAACAAUGUGGACUAAAACCAUAUGCCGGGGUAGCCAUAUGUUAAGAAACAAUGGAAUGCAAAAAAUUAAAUUACAGUUAACACGUAGGUGGCACCUGUCAGCAUGAGAGAUCCGCAUACAGGUUUGGUUCUUAAUACCAUGCACCUCUUGAUGCUAAACAUGGGAAAAUUUCAAUUUUUUGUCAAUAUUGUGUGAUUAUUUAUUGUAAAUCUUACAUGUUACCACGUAAACAUUUCUGUGUUAAAAUAAAAUUUCAAAUAUUGA